ACUUGUCAACGUGUUUACGAUGCGCACAAUUGGGUUUCCUUACGCAAUAAUAUUAUUUGUUGGGGUAGCGCCAGGAAGAUGGGUAGGAAGUACUUUCAAGUACCAGAAUUCAUCUAUUAAUGAUGACCCAUUCCGAUAUUAAAUCGAAACUGGAGCAACGUCGCUGUUUUUAUGGGUAAUUUCUUUCGUGAAAGGGGCGAAUCAAAGCAGCCGUCUGACACUUAAGUACUUUCGAUCAAGGAUGCGUGGUGUUUUAAAUAAGUCUCCAGUCCGAGAAACCUUCACAGGACCAACACAACAAAAUCAUUCUACUCAAGCUAUUGAAUCUAUUUGGAUCGGCACACAAACAUUCAUUUUCUGAGACUACAAGUAGUAAACCAAAAUUUAUAAUGGAUAAACAUAAACCUACGUUGCUGCCGUAUAUUAUGGACAUGCUAAGUCGCGAGACGCAAAUGUGCUCUUCUGUGGACGACGUGGUUAAACACAUCAAGGACGUUAUGCUCGAGGAGCACGUCAGAGCCUUCGGGAGCCUCAAGCGUGCGGUGGAGUUUGCCCUGGAGUUGGGCGUCAACAUGGGCAUCCUCUCGAUGACCAAGACGGUCCGCAUGCCCAUCAGGUACCGCAGAAGUAAAUCCAAGACUAAGGUGCCUGUCAGGAACAGGAUCCCUCUCCGCUUGGGACGCCAGCUGACCAAGCAGCGGAUGGCGACGACCACGGCAACCAAGUUGGCGGCCAAGAAGCGGUCAGGCGGACGCCUAAAAAAGCCCAAGAAGACUCCUGGGGCAGCGCCAAAGAAGCAAAACUAGAAGAGAAACCAUGGCUAUGAAAUCUGUUCUGUCCAAUAAAUAAUACAAUUGCGAAUGGCUUGC